AGCGCCGCUCUCCUUACCGCGCAUGCGCAGCGAACUGAGCUUCUCGUCGCAAAUGUCAGCGACACGGACAGACACCGACAGACUAGACUCUCUCAGCGGUUCAGUGUGAGGACGAGAAAUGAACGAUUUCUACAGCUGUGACGUUCAUUAUCAAUAAAAAAAAAAAACAAGCUUAAAGCGGAAGGAAUUGACGCAGACAUGGAGCAGGAGUUUGAGGACAUAGACUCAGAGGGCCGCUGGCAGAACCUUUAUUUAGAAAUACGCAACCAAUCACAUGAAUGUGCUUUCAAAGUGGCCAAGUAUCCAGAUAAUCGCAAUCGGAACAGAUACAGAGAUGUGAGCCCGUUUGACCACAGUCGGGUGAAAUUAGAAAACACAGAAAAUGACUACAUCAAUGCCAGCCUGGUGGUGAUGGAAGAAGCCCAGAGAAGAUACAUACUUACCCAGGGUCCUCUGAGAAACACCUGUGGUCACUUUUGGCUGAUGAUCUGGGAGCAGAAGACCAAAGCUGUUAUAAUGCUCAACAGAGUAAUAGAGAAAGGCUCGGAAAAGUGUGCACAAUAUUGGCCGACACAAGAAGAACGAGAGAUGUCGUUCCGUGACACCCGCUUUGUGGUAACACUAGUGUCAGAGGACGUAAAGUCAUAUUACACCACCAGAGUGCUGGAACUCCAGAAUGCAAAUACGGGGGAGACGAGACAGAUCUAUCACUUUCACUAUACCACAUGGCCUGACUUUGGUGUCCCAGAAUCCCCAGCCAGCUUCCUGAAUUUCCUGUUUAAGGUGCGGGAGUCGGGCUCACUUGGGAUGGACCAAGGUCCAGCAGUGGUCCACUGCAGUGCAGGAAUCGGCCGAUCGGGAACGUUCUCUCUGGUCGACACUUGUCUCGUUUUGAUGGACAAAAGGAAAGACCCACUGGCGGUGGACAUCAGAAAGAUUCUCCUAGACAUGAGGAAGUAUCGGAUGGGUUUGAUUCAGACCCCCGACCAGCUGCGUUUCUCAUACAUGGCUGUGCUGGAAGGUGCCAAGUACAUUAUGGGAGACUCAUCUGUGCAGAAACAGUGGCGAGAGCUCUCCAGAGAGGACCAAGAGCCCCUGUCCGAGUCUCCCCCGCCGCCACAGCCUCCCAAAUGCACAGAACGCUUCAACGGCAGCAAGCCAUCUCAUCUGGAGGACGGGAUGGACCCGAAGACAGGAAAGAAGACAGGCCUGGAGACCCCCAAUAAAGAAUCAGACAGAGAUGCUGGAACAAAUGCUCGCAAAAGACAAAGAGAUGAGAAAAUGUCCAACCCCACGCAGAAGACUCAGAAGCAGACAAAACCCAGGAUCAACGACCCUGAUAAGAAAAGAAAAAGAGCAAGAACAACCAGUGACUCCUAACUCCAUGGCAACCUCAGCAAGAGAUCUUCAUCCCAUAAUGCUCUCCCAUCCACCCCUGUGUUUUCAGAAGUCGUUUACAGCAUGAACUCUUCAAAAAGGUUUCUCCACUCCGAACAAGAGCACACACCAGCACUAUAUCUGUGGAUGAAACUCCAUAAUAUCACGAAGACAGCGCAUCGCCAUGGUUUGGAUUGGUUUUAAUUUCAUUGGACCUAUUUUGUGUCUUUUGUUAUUUUGCUUUUUGUUUUGUUGGAAAAAGCAGCAGGAUCUGAAGUAGGUCUAUGCAUUUCUAACGCUGUUCACACAUUGUAUUUUUAGACAACUUUUUUUCAGAGGCAAAAUGAAAUGCUCUAUUUUUUAUAUGAAAUUACUUGAAAUUUCCUAUCAUAUCUACAGGGCUUUAUGCUCAAAUCCAGUUUGUGAGAUUGUUAGAUGAUGUCUUAUGCUGAAGAGUGCUCACAUUGUGUACAUAGUGUACCUUAUGAGAUGUAAAAAAAAAAAAAAAAAAAAUUUAUUGUACAAAAUUAUGAGCAGACAUUGCAUUUGGUUGAGACACACAGAACAAAGCAGCAGUGUCUGAGUGUUGAAGAGUCUUACUUUUCUCUAUCCAAGAGUAGGAUCCAUGAAUAAAACUGCUAUCAUUUAGUUUCUGUAA